UGUGGAUGUCAAGUGAGAAGGGUGGUGACGUUUCUUUACUACCAGUGACCUCAAGUUGUGAACAUCGAGAGGACUGACUACUUAUAUCCGAUACUCAGCAGUCGGCGUGUGUACUCAAUCAGAUCAAUCAAGGCUUUCCGUCACGCUAUCACACAAUAAAUAUGGAAUAGGGAAGUCCGUGGAUUAUGUACAACUCGCUGGGCAGUGCCGGGGCAGUGAUUACUGUGGCUAGAUGAGUAGCUGCGCCGCGGUUACACUCUCUGGUUUUGGCAUUCACUGUCCACAGAGCUGACGUCGACGACGCUGCAUCGCAUUGUCCAGCCCUUGUGCGAAAAUCUAUAGCUCGCGUCCUGGCCCUCCAACCCAAUUUCAACCCUAAAGAGCAGUGACUAGCAAGACGUCUGUCCCGGGGUCCUGUCGAACAUGGAGAUUACACAUCUAAUUCCCGCUGUCUCGUUGGAAAACGGGCAGCAACGGUUGGAUCACGACCAGACUCGCAAUGCGAUGGAAUCACACGAUGACCCGUCAGAGGACGGCAAGGACGACGACGGGGACCACAGAGAUGGUGGAGAGGAAGUGCCAGAUGAGGAGGAUGGCCCACCUAACUGGUACCAGUACUGCCUCAGUAACAGGAGCGCGAGGAAGAUGAUCAAAGAUGCCUUACCCCUCGCUAUUUCUCAACGUAUCCCUCUAGACAUCUUCUACGUGGUCAUGGAACAGUUGCGAGGCGAACCCAAGAACCUCUAUAAUUGUGCCCUGGUCUGUCACGCCUGGCAUCAACACAGUAUCUCCACCCUAUACUCCACGAUUGCUAUCACCAAUCGCGAUGUCUUUGACACCUUGGAAAUCAUCGUCGAAGAGAACGGUGGGAGACCCUCGACGGCAUCGUACUUUCAUCUCAUACCACUCAUGCUCGCAAAUCACCUACCCUCCUUGCGGCACUUGAUCCUCCGACACUGUGGCCAGUGCCAUGACAUCGUACGCUAUCCGGCGAACUUCGCCUGGUCUGCGCGUUUCCGUCCCUCGAGGAACUGUCCAUCGAGGAUGUGUUGCUCUCGAACCAUACAGUCUCAACAUUCAAACCCAUGCCAGGUCGGCUCCGUUUGCGCAUUCUCCAUAUCGCUGCGCGCACCAAAGGCUCGGAAGUCGCAUUCUUCGCAUUUGUCAAGGUGCUGAGAUUGUCGCCUGCGUAUCGUCGAUUUGGAAGCUACGGGUUUCCACACGAAACUCUAUGCAGAAUAUGUACGCGGUGUACGCGGCAUGCCGC